CCGGUCUCUAUCCACCAUAUUGUAAACAGGUGCCCGUGUGCUUGACAACGCCUGUUAUGUCUAUGUAACCAAACUCCCUGGGCUAAAGAAAAGGCGUUAAAACAGAAAGAUAACAAAUCAGGAUGGUCAAGAAAUGUAUAUGUGAAAUCUGUACAUGUGGGCGGCACAGAUGCCCACAUCGGCCCACAAACGUCAUCAACAAGGGAGAUCAGCCGUGUAACCUUACAGAGUACAACAAUGUGUACAAGCAGCACCCCAUCCAACCGAGAGAGAGCUUCAAGCCUUCUGCGGAGGCCCUCAGAGGGGGACAGUUUGAGGACAAGACCACACAGAGACAAGACUACAUCAAACACCCGCUAGAGAGACCCUUUGUGAGAGUUCCAGAGCAGUAUAGGAGACCCCAGGGAGAAAUGGACGGAGUUACCUCAUAUAAAAAGGACUAUACAGAGAAGUAUCAGGAACCGGCGAGGGCGAUAAAGCAUGACGGACAGCGCCAGGCCCAGGGCAAAUUCGAGGGGGAACCCACCUACAAAUCUGACUAUAGAAAAUGGGACAUGUCCGGUCGAGUCGGACCAUACGUUUCCCAGGACGCAUGGCAACCACCCAACAGUAGGUUUGAGGGCGAAAGCACAAUGCAUCAUGAUUACAUCAAGUAUGAUGCCAAAAGACGCGGCAUGAUUAAGCCCCCGCAGGCGGCUCAGAUGUCCGAUUCCCCCUUCAAUGAUAGGACCGGUUACAGAGAUUCCUACAUCAAACAUCCUUUGGAGCCAAAGUACGUUCAUCCUAAGGAACAGUACAAGGGCCCCGCUGCACCUUUCGAGGACAUGACAACGUUCAAACGAGAUUAUAAGGGCAACCCAGGGGAGAUCACUCGAAGCUUUAAACCCGAUAACCAAGCUUUCUCCUCUGGGAAACCAUUAGAAGAUACGACUACCAAUAGAAACGAUUAUCGAAAAUGGCCGAUGGAACGCCCCUAUGUACAUGCGCAUGAGCAGUACAAGAAGCCCGAUGGCACCAUGGAAAUGACCACCACACAUAACGCCACCUACCGCGAGCUUCCGAUAGACCGAGUGGUCGCCCAUCGUCCGUCGUCUGCCAAUAAAGCACGUAACGCCCCCUUCGACGGGAGUACCAGUUAUGCACAUGAUUACAAAAAGUGGGAGAUGAAUAGAAACAAACCCAUGAUGCGAGACGAAUACCAUCCAAACACGGCGCCAUUUGAGGGUCUCUCCACUCAGAAGGCUCAUUUCAUUCCUCAUGAAUUACAGCCAAACAAGAGCUUUAGACCCGACAACACUGCUUUCCAGAGUGGAUCUAAGUUUGAAGAUGGUACCAUGUACCGCACAGACUAUACACCUAAACAAGUUGAAAUCUGCCCUGUCAUAGGAAUAGAAAAGGGUCAGUCGCAAUACCAAUUCGUUUCCACUGACCAGCGAGGUCACAAGAUGUAUAAUCCCGUUUUCGAGAGUGUCCAUUCACUGUCCAAUGGCUUUCAGUCGCCAAACCGAAUGCAGAUGACCGCUGCAUAAUCUGAACAAUUUAGAACUUAAUUUCAUUUAUCCCAUAUAUACAGUCUGUGAUAUUAUGUUUGUGUAGAAAUAUCGUGAAGGCCAGCUUUGGUAAGGGUCAGUAUAAAAGAGAUCUUUGGAUUUGGGUUGUAUUUUUAAUAAUAGUGCCUAUAUUUUCGUUUGGUUUCCAAAAGAACAGAAAUACAGAUAUAAACAUGGGAGAGAAAUGCCCGGAUGCUGUAGUGCUAUAUAACUAACAAAGUCAUCACUUUUUAGCACAGAGACGGACAUUUCAUAAAAAAACAUUAGUGACGCAAUAUGUUAAAUAUCUGCUUCUAGUAUAAUUUAGAACCUCUUUGUAUAGCCCCUAUCAGAAAUCAUAUACCUCUAUUUUUUGUAGAUUAAUUUAGGCCGCCAUUGGGUGUCCGGAUGUUUAAAAAAUUACAUGUAUUUAUUAAUGUGCCGUAGAUUUUUGUGUUUAUAUUACAAAUAACUACGUUUCUUAUGAGAAAACUUGUUGCCAAAAAUAUCCAUACCGUUUUAUAUCGCACAGUUUUCACACUAAGUUUGCGGUACUUAAACACUGUUAAAUAAGCACGUAAUCUCUACCGGAAAAGGGUUAGUCUUUAAUUGCUAACGUCAUUUCCGGUCCAGAUGCUGUUUUGCAAAGGGUCUGUGCGGUAUAAAUACGGUAAUAACAAUUGUGUUUCUUUAUUAGUAACAAUGAUUGUUUAUCAUUAGAGUACAUGAUAUUAAUUGAUGAUGUUUGACUUACAUGUAUUACAAUUGCUUGUUUCUAAUCUGCCGCUUCAAAUGUCACAAGCUUAUAUUGUUUUU